AUGGAGAUCGCAACCUCGCCCCCUCUCACGCCACUGCGGCAAUAUAUGAUGUCGCCGCUGGACACCUCCCCGUCGCCCACACAUUCCUACCGCGAGCAUUUGCGCCGAAGAACAAGCAGCUUCUCCUCCAACCAUGACCGGAGCCCUGCUGGAGGGGAAAACAGGAGGAGCCACAGAUUCUCGGGCGCCUCGUUCUAUUCGAAUGGCUCUGCGGUGGAGAAAAGCGGCGGGCUGGCGGGAACCCUGGCGGACGAGCUAGAUGAAUUGGACGACGGGGAGGAGCUGGAGUACGACGAGGAGGCUUUGGAUGGAUCUGAUGGGGAAGGAGGAGACGAGAUCGGUGUUGCAGCCCAGGAAGACUUCGCAAGUUAUGGCGCGAGGGACUCGGGGGUCGAUGUGUCAUACCUUUCAAAAGAGAAGUCCUCGAAACAGACUGAGACAGACGAAGGCAAAGAGGAGCAAUGCGCGCUGUCUCCGGAGUUGGAAGACGCGCUCAACGGCGUCGCACGUAUGCUGGCAGCCUCUACCUUCGAGGACCCCAUUAUUCCACGCACGAUUGCUCUCCUGCAAGAUCUCGGCAAUCAAAGCAGCGUGGAAGCGCACAUACAACGCCUCACAACUUCAACGAACAGCCUGACUGGACAUCUGACGGCUCAAAGCAAGACCAUGCAAGCGCUAGCGUCGGCGACAUUCUACUCCCCCUCCACCAUAUUCUCGGCGUCUUUGGACCCCGCGAUCGUGCAGGAGACUUUACCGUUACUCGAUGCUUUACUCAAAGACCUCCCCAUCCCGGAUCCGGCGCCUUUGCAAGGCAUGCAGAAAUUGGAUCGCGAGACGACAAGUCUCAUGCACGCGCUUUCGCAAUUGACGGAUUCCUUGCAGAUGGGUCGACAGACCACGAAUUCGGCUUCGCGGUGUUUACGCUCGACGCAGAUGGUAGUGGCCGAGCUGAGAAGAGAGCGGGAGAGGGCAGAGCUCGCGAGACAGGAGUUGAACGCGAGUCCGUAUUGGAGCGAGAGGAUCAGAGCGAGGUGGUGUGAUCGGGAGUGUAAAGAUAUUGUCGGCGGAUUCGAAAGAGUGUGCAAUGACUUGAGGGCGAGCCUGGUGAAUGGCGGUGCUGCCGCUGCGGCUUGA